AGCACCCAAACAGAAAAGGGGCACUUUGGCACUUUGAUUCUAGUACGGACGAUAAGCGCCGAUACGGACCGAUACAGGCGAUACGCGUCGACCCCCGCGCUUCUCCGCCACGGGGUGCACAUGAGAAAGGAUCGCCAUGGCGCAAAGAGCAGAGGCCGAGGUGAAGGAGGCUGACCAGAUCUUUCUGCUGAUGAAGGAAGAGUAUCGUAUUUCUCGGAAUGUGCGCCUUGCUUGGUUCCUCAGAAAACUCAACCAAAUCAUCUGGCCAGUGUCUACUCCGGAGCUGUUACACUCAGAGAAUGAGCUGGACCUCCUGAGCAUUCUGCCUAAAGGCUGGCAGCCCGAGCCCAGUGACUCUGCUCAGCCUUACGUUCUGGUGCCAUCCACCAGAGCCUCCUUCUUGGCCCGGAGGUACCGCUUUGUCAUCCAGCUGGACCUUAGCCCCUCCACCAGGAUAGUGGACGAUGGCACUGGGGAGAUGAUCUUUGAUGAGGUCUUCCACGCUUUGUCGCGGUGUUUGGCAGGCCUGGUUCAGCCUUUUAAAGUCCCAGGCACUGAGCAGUUAUUCCGACCCAACAUCUUCAUCACUAUCCUGGCCUAUUCCUCUAUCAUCGGCCUGAGCUCACAUCAGGUCCUGGUUCAGGGCUGUCAGCUGGAGCGCACAGACCUGGAUGUGUUCUUGAAGAACAUCUACCAGCAGCUGAGGGCUCUGGAGAAUAGCAUUGCUGAGGUGCUGCACCAGCAGUACCUGCAGGCCGAAGCAGCUGCCCUGGGCCCAGAGGAGACAGAGGAGGCCUGGUCCUGGUCCAGUCAGAGUGCAGUGUCCAUGGUGUCUGCAGACAUGGGUCUAGUAAGCAUGAUCCGACAGGGCAUCCUAGCUCUGCAAUUGCUGCCCCCCAACUCCAGCGCAGGCAUCAUCCUGAUCACAGAUGGCGUGAGCAGUGUUCCUGAUGUGGCCAUGUGUGAGACUCUGCUCAACCAGUUACGCAGCAGCACCAUCACGUGCUCCUUUGUGCAGGUGGGUGGCUCCUACUCGUAUGACUGCAGCUUUGGCUACAUCCCCAACGUGGAGCUGAUGAAGUUCAUGUCCCUGGCCACGUUUGGCUCGUACCUGCCCAGCUGUCCCGAGGUGCACCCUGGCAGCGAGGACAUGAAUGUCUACCAUCGAGCCUUCCUCACUUACUCCUUUCUCAAAAGCCCAGAGUCCACCAACGCAGAGUAUUUCAGUGUGUCGCAGGACAAGCUGUUCAAUGAGCACCUGGUGUCUGCAAGUGGAAACCCAGCACUGGUGAUGAGGAGGAAGAAGCACACAGAGAAGGAAGUGCAAGCCCACCUGGUGAGUGUGGUGUCUGUGCGGCUGCGUGAGGGCUACACCAUCCGCGACGUCAGCCUCUCUAAAGGCGGGAGCCAGCUGGAAGUGAAGCUGGUGUUGCUAUGGAAACACAACAUGCACAUUGAGUAUGUAGCGUCUGCUCCCUGGCCUCUGGACCCGGCCAAGAGGAGCACCCGUGUGGAGGUGACCAUGGAGGGCAGCUAUGACAUCCUUCAUGACAUCAGCUGCACCCAGAGGAAGCCCAUCACCAGCCCCUACCGCACCUGUGUCAUUCGCCGCUUUUGGAACACUCUACAGAGUAUAAACCAGACAGACCAGAUGCUGGUGCACCUGCAGUCUUUUAACUCCAUCCCUGAGAACUACACCAUCCCUGAGAGCACCAAGAACGGAGUGCCUCUGUUCUACAUCCCGCCUGGCUCCACUACCCCAGUCCUGUCCCAGCAGCACAGUGGCUCCAAAGACUCGUCUCAGUCCCAGUUCGCGGCCUACUGGAAGCCCAUCCUCUCCAUGGAUGCCAAUUUCUGGCAGAGGUGGCUUCACAUGCACCGCAUCGCCAUCAUCCUGGAGCAUGACAUGCCUGUACCAAAGCACUUGCACACGGCUGGAAGUAACGGCCGCUACAGCACCAUCCAGUGCCGCAUCUCCCACUCAGCCCUGACAUCUCUUCUCCGUGACUGCUCCAGCUUUGUGCUGGUGGAGGGCUACUCCUAUGUCAAGCUCAUCUACAGCUCUCCUGACCAACCCCCCUCCUCCUUCUACCUGGUACGCCUCAUCUCCAAAGCUCCCUGCAUGGUACUGCGUCUGGGCUUCCCGAUCGGAACCCCAGCCCACAUCAGGAACAAGAUUGUGGAUAAACUGAAAGAGCAGAUCCUCAAACUGCGAUUCCCACAUCGAGUUCAAAGCAAGGAGGCAACGCCAAAGACCAAGAGGAAAGCUGUGGUCCAUCAGUCCCCCUCCAAAGGACCCUCCAGUGUGGCCCUCCAGCCCUCCCUGUCAGACCGGCCCUGUGUGGUAGUCCUCAAUAAGCCCCUGGAGAAGCUGCUCAUCAGAUAUGAGAAGCUGCCUUUGGACUUCCGGACACCGUACGUUUUCAGCACGGAGAACUGUCCGAAUCCGUGUGGCGGAGCGGCUCCUCUCAGCGUGGCAGCCAACCGCACUGCCUCCUCCACACUGGCCUCGCUCACCCGAUACUUCCUGCACCGGCGCUGGGUGUGGGCUGUGCAGGGAACCCAGGGGCCCACCGUGCCCAUCCAGGCUGUGGCCCACAUCCUCUCCAUGCUGUCAGAGAUCCGUGUGUCUGAGGGCUUCCACUUUGCUGCCAGUGGGGAAGGCAUCGUGAACAUGGUGAUCGAGUUGCCCAUGAGCUUCUCCUCAGACAUGGACACAGAGAGCCCCUCCUGUAUCGUCCAGUACAUCAUGUUCCCCCCACACUCCACCGCCACCAAAGACAGCUUCUCCACAGAUGAUGAUAACGACACUGAGCUGGAGGCGCUGGACGUGGACUCAGAUCUGACUCUGGUGACCGAAUGCUGGGUGGAGCCCCAGAGUGGUUCAGUGCUGCCCCCUUCAGAGCAACUGCGUCACCUCCAAGGGCUUCAGUACCACCAGAUACCUCAGGCAAUCUUUCCUGGUGACCUGGCCUGCAUGUCCACCAUGAUGACCUUUGAGCACUUGAACCAGCUGUGCCACAACAAGGAGCAGGUGUGUUCACUGCCCCCCACAGUCCAGGAGGUCACAGGAGACCACACAAGCUUCGAUGACAGCAUCCACAUGGUCCCUUUUCAAUUUGAUCUGAUGCAGCUGUUGCCCCGGUGCCAGCAGGUGGAGCUGUUUUUCCUUACUUUCAGCACAGCACUGCAGCGCUCGGAGCCCCAGCCCUGUGUGCCCAAUGAACUGCUGCUGAGCCUGUUCCACACCAGCCUAUCCCAGGAGCUGAGCGACAGGGAGGUACCUCUGUGUGAGCCUGACCACGCCGCCCUCAUCCAACACAUCCUCCAGAGAGAGCGCCACGGGCACACGCCACCAUUCUGCCAACCACCCAGCACAGAGGAGCGGGUCCAGGCACGGGGCAAACAGGACACAGAUAACCUCCACACUAGCGGAGCCAGUAAAGAGGUGAUGGGCUCCACCAGCACCCUGCAGAGUCUCAGCACUACAGAGCUGGUGGAGGAGGAGCUUCUGCUGCCUGCUUCAUACUCCUCUCCUCAGUGGAGGUGCUACGCCAAGUCCAUCAGCUCCCAGCAUAUCCUGCUCACACUGGUGCCUGCCACCUUCACUGAUGUGCAAAUGCUGAUGGCUUCAGAGCUGGAGAGUGACAGCAGUACCGGGAGCGGCCAGGACGAGGAUACACUGACCGCCAGCGUGCGCUCCCAUGUGAACUUCCACACAGACUCUUUGUCUGCCAGUCUGGAUAGGUCUGAAUGUGGGCCCCUGACAGCCAGUGCAGAGCGCUCUGAAGGCAGGCCCCUGACCUCCUGUGUGUCCUCCAGUCUGGAUGGCCUCACUACUGCCUGUUCCCCUUCUGAUCCCUGGGUUUCCGGGGACCAGCCAGUGUCUGAGAAUGAGAGCGUCAACUCCAGUUCAGAUGUGGAUAAAGAGGGAGUGCUGAUAACAGAAUUCCCAGCCAGUGCGAGUGCUCCACAGCUCGGGGCCGCUCAGCUCGGGGCCGCUCAGCUCGGGGCCGCUCAGCUCGGGGCCGCUCAGCUCGGGGCCGCUCAGCUCAGGUGUCCUGUGUAUGUUUACAGUUGUGCCCUGGAACAGCUCAGAGAGCAGCUGGUGCAGCCUUCCUCUAGUCGCAGGCCCAAUGAUGUCUUCCUCAGGAGUGUGUCCCAGGACCGCAGCAGCCCAUCCCCCUGGCCCGAGCUCCUGUCCCAGCCACACAAACACAAGGAACUGGCCCACUACUGCAGCCUGCUCCAGGAGCACUACCACCAGAGCUAUGUCAAAGGAGUGUACCGCAGCCUGCAACAGUCCUACAGCAUCAGUGCUCAGGAUGUCCUGCUGGCUAUGGACUACUGUGAAGAGUCCCUCCAGGAGAUGGACAUCAGCGCUUUCCUGCACACGCUCUGUGGACACGUGCGGCGCUUCAGAGAGCAACCAUGGGUCCGGGCAGCCUUCACCAUUGGGGACAUGGAGGAGCAUUGUGCAACGGGCAGUGUGGAUUUCGAUGCCAACAGUGAAAGUGAGUGCACGUCUCCACAAGCUGAGGGGGAGACCAGGUCUGAUCCAUUCCCAGAGUUUCCUCUGUCCUUGCUGCAGAGUCAGUCGAAGUGUGAGAGUCAGAGCCCAGAGCUGCACCGCAUCAUACAGGAUCAGUUCAGUGAGAUUUUGUCCCAGUAUUUCAAACCUGUCCCAUCCAGUCCACACUACUUCUUUUACUGUCUUCCGUCAAAUAAAGAGCAGGACUCUGAUGAUGAGACGGAGAGGAGGCCCGUAGAGGACAUGGUUUCUGAGGCAGAGCCCGCUACAGAAGAUGAGGCCGUGUGCAUGCAGACAGAGAGCGACUCAGACCUACUGGUGGAGUACGAGGACCAGCCUGGACCCAGCGCUCAGGCCCUGGGCAGCUCUGUGUCUGACUCUAACACGGUGAACCAGGACGAUGACUCCUUCAGCAUCCUAGAGGGUGGUUCUGUGGAGGGGCUCCAGCUGGACAUGCCCCCCCUCUUUGUGCACAUCACCUGUUCUGUGAACGUGAAGAGCAGCCACGGCUCUGUUCCCGUCCAGACCCUGCCUACCUGCCUGGGGCAAGUCAUCUCCUGUUUGGAGAAUGUGGAGUUGCUUCACUCAGUGGAUCUGAAGGAGCUCUCAGUCACAUUGGAUAUUUUCAUCUUGACACUUCCUCUGGAGAUAGAAGUACUGGCCGAUUUUCAUCACAACAGGUACACGUCUGAGAGCAGUGUGUCUCUGAACCGCUCUCCGGGACAGCCCUCCUCGUACCGCUCAGACGAUGAGCUGCUGGUAGGGCUGGAUGCUCUGCGGGCAGGAAGCAUGGAUGGGGUCAGCGGGGACCCUCUUUCCAAGCUACCGGACCCUCACAGAUCAGCCAUCGUGGCCACCAUGGAUGAGAUCCGCUGGCUGCUGGAGGAUGAGAUGGUCUCGGCGCUGCGCUCCUGUCGGCUCAUUAGCUCAGACACUCUGCUUAAAGUGGUGGAGCAUGUGUCCCGCUCGGCCGGACGCCCACACUGCCACUGUGAGGAGGUGCCACUGCAGUUUGUCUUUGGUCCCGAGCAGUCACUGGAGAAGUUCAAACAGGAGUUCCGGCACGUGUCUCUGGCUAGAUAUGUGUUCAAUGCUGAGGAGGAUUUCUUCUACAUUUCUCUCAGCCGGCUGCACCCCCAGAGAAUCCACGGUACCAACAUGUUCCCUCUGAGCACGGGGCCCCAUAAUCCCAGUGGCCCCUGCCCCGAUGUACCCAGGGGCCCUGCUGAGGCAGACUCUAACCUGGGUCCCAGCACAGACCUGCAGAGCCUCCCUUAUACGACUUCAGGAGUGGAGCCAGUGUCCUACAGAACAGAGCUUGCAGUGUCCUACUCACCCCCCAAAGCGCCCUCUAGUGGUAGCCUAGCAGAUUGCACGGGACCCAGCUCUCACAGCGGUGAGAGGCCUAGGCCCAGCCGUGUGCAGAGCGUGGUGUCCAGUCAAGGCAGCUUGGACUCCGACAUGCAGGGCUAUGACGGUGGCAGCAGUGACUCUGAAUGUGAGAGCCCCACUCUCGGGGAGCGGGACACACAGCCCCCCAUGAUGCCCGACUUCUGGUUAAUCCUGCAAGUGCACCAGGACCGCGUAAAGGUCUACUCACACUCCAGAAACCUGAGGGCCGAAGUGCAGAGCAGCUGUGAGGAAAUGCCCGAGUACCUGCAGCUCCAUCAGGCUGUGGUCAGCAAAAUUGGGGAGAUCUGCCGGGUCGUCAAUCAGCGCAUGCUGCUGCAGGACCUCCAUGACAGUCACGUGUGUAACUCUCUGCUGGUGGCUGAGAGUGAGGAGGACAUCUGGAAGAAUGAGGCGGUGUACAGGCAGAGGACACAAACCUCUGAUGAUUACAGCACAGAAGAGAGUUACCAGGCCCGAGACUACCUAGCUGCCACCAUGCAGUUCAUCCCUGGACACUUUGCCUGUGAUAUUGUGUGGAGAACCAUCAUCCACAUCCACCCACGCCUCAAGAUGGGACCCAACAUGGGAGUUUCUAGAGCCAUCCAGGCGCUACGCUCAGUGCUGAGCUCUUUCUGUGUGGUCAAUCGGAAGAACAUGUUUGUCUACCAGGAACGCACCACCAAAUCAGUGUUCUACCUCAGGCUUUGUGAGACUUCGUUGGAAAACCAGCUGCCCUCACAGCGCUCUGUGGCCCUUGCCCGGAGCCAGGAGCCCUCCUUUUCAGACGACCCCAUGGCCUCCCGCUCCCCCCUGGAGGCCUCCCGGCCGGUGGGGCAGGUAGACAAACACAUCCUUUUGCUGGUGCAUGGAGUGGAAAGCGCAGGCCCUGAGAUCACUGAUGAACUUGUCAAAGUGCUGCAGAAGCGCCUGGAUGAGACCACCCUGGACAUCAUCACAGUCAUGCUAGUCCGUAACUGCAAACUGACCCCUGCCGAUGUGGAGUUCAUCCAGCCGUUGGACGCUGCCCCCUCAGAGGUGAUGGUCUUCAGCCUGCCUCUGCACUGUAGUGCCUGGCUCCCCGCUGUGGCUCACUACCUCCGCCAGAACCUGCUCAUCUUCCUGCAUGUGCCCAAGUACACAGACAACAACACAGCCCACCACUUCAAGCACUGCAGUACUGUGAGCAGUGACGGGGCAGAUGGAGACAUUUACCUGUACAACAAACCAGGAGGACAGGGCACAGGGGGCAAAGGUAUCGCCUGCAUCACCCUGUCGUUUCUGAAUGGAGAAGGUGGCGCAGUGCCCAUCCAGGUGCAAAGGACAGAGAGCAGCUUUCUGACCUUAGACACCGAGCAUUACGAGGAGUUGACCAUGGUGCUGAAGGUGCCCUCUGGCUUCAACAGCUCAGGAGAAGCCAAUGCAAAGGACACUGAACCACAGCUGUAUGUGCGCUUCAACAUCUGGGAACAAGGAAACAUCAGCCCACUGCAGCUGAGCGACAAACUGCAAGGGGCGCUGCGACAUGCUCUGUGUGAUGUAGUAAUGGAGCUCCAAAUGCUACCCAAUCUGCUCUGUGUGGAGGUGUCCUACCAACAGGCCAAAGCCUCCAGAGAAGAGGCAAAAGACCCAGCUUCUUCAAUGCUGGAUGUGAAGGACAAGCAGCGCAGCGGAUCACGACUCCUCAAAGGAAGUCCUGCCCCCAUCGUGUUCAGCCAGGGCACAGGUGCCACUCCCCUGUCUCCAGAGUCCACCACCCCCACAAGCAAGAGCACCCGCCGCAGCUUCUGGGACAUCCUGAGUAAACCCGACUCCACUGACCUGGUUAGUCCAAAAACCACAGAUGACAUCGUCCAGGAGAGGGGUGAGGAGGGCAGAGCCACAAGGCGCAGACACAAGACAGAGACAGUUAAACAGCAGUGGGGUCAGGAGAGAGGCGGGCUGAUGGAGCUGGAGCAACAGAGGAGACAUCUGGCCCAGCUUGAGGAGGGAGAUGUAGGAGCACUGCAUCCUGUGUAUCAGCAUGCCUGCGAGUCCUGGAUAAUGUUUAUGACCCAACUGGGCUGCCCAUCCAUCCAGCAGUGUAUGGCAGAGCUGGCCUCUCACUUCCUGCUGCCCUCACUCCUCACAGAGAUCAUCAGUCUGGUCAGCUCUCUGGCCAGCGACACAGUGGUCAAAGCCUUCCAGAAGACCAGUUGCCCAUCCUCUGGAGAGCUGUUCCUUCCUCUGGCUGUGGGGCAGAAUCUCAUGCCCUCCCUGAACUCCUCAAGGAGCUUUAUUCUCAUCGGACGCAACUUUCAUCAGUGGCACAACAGCACACAGCAAGUAAACAAGGGCCUGCAGCACUUCGAAGCCCUGGAGCACAGUGAGGGGGCCGUCCCAGAGAAAAGCGGGACAGACGCCGCACCGCGACAGAGGUUUCUGUUCAUCACCAUCACCCAGAAAAAGGUGGCUCUGUAUAGCUACAACUGGUCUGUGGACUUGGGCUGCACACUGAACAGGGAGCUGUUGCGCCUGGUGCACUGGCAGAAUGCCCGUGCCCAUGUGGUCCACUGCCUCCUCAGCCAGAAGAUGGGCCUGUUCCACCACUACUGCUUCUCCGACAUGCCCGUGCACCAGCCAGACUCCAAACAGGAACCAAACCCAUUCCUAAGCCCUUCCAUGGAGCCUGAUGCUCUACUCCGAAGUGCAAUGCCCCCAGUCUCUAGUAAAGAUCAGGGAAGGCUGGUGGGCAUGGGCCGGAUUCUGGCCCCUCUGCACUUCCCCUCAGAGCUGCUGCCCUUUGACGAGGCUCUGCGUGACGUGUGCUCCAUUCCCGGACUGAGUGAGGGUGAUGCGGUGUCCAGACACGGAGGACAGCUCCUGGAUAUCAAGGCUGGAGAGCGUAGAGAGCUGGAGAAGCAGAUGAAGAUCGAGAACCUGUUUGUGACAUGGCAGCAGCGCUCAGCUCAGAGUAACAUGCCCAUUUCUGCAGCAGAUCUGGAGAUCCUCAAGCAGUCGUCUAGACUGGUGCAUUACUGUGCUACUCCUCUGCUCUUUGACCCACUUUUUCGCAAAAACAUCCAAGAAGAGCAAGUCAUCCAUUCUCCAGUGAAGAAGCGUCACCGCUCUAAUGACUCGAGUGCAUCGGGCCGAGACCGCAGCUACAGCACAGACUCUGGGGACAUGCUGCCCAUCCGCCUGCGGGACGAACCCUGGCUCCAGGAUGUAUCCUGCUCCUUUCUUCAGCACUAUGUGCAGUACCUGCAGAGCAUGGGCUUCAUCCUAGUGCAGGUUCGGCCCCAGUCCCCUGCGCGGAGUAUCGCUAGAAGCCGCGCUGCUAUGCUGAGCUCCACGUCCUCAGAGGGGCGGAUGUCCUUCUCCUACGUCAAACAGAAGAGCGAGGACAGCCCUAAGACUUCUCCGUCUGCAACUACGCAUUACCACCUGCAGAGGGCGCUGCCUGGGGGAAUCGUUCUGAUGGAACUGGCUUUCCAGGGCUGUUAUUUCUGUGUGAAGCAGUACGCGCUGGAAUGCUCCCGUAUCCCCAUGGGUCAGUCUGUCAAUUCCCAGGGCAACCUCCUCACCAAACCACGCACUCGGCCGUACCCAGAUGCCUCGCCUGUGUCUGACUGUGCGCUCUCCAUGCUCUUCACUGAGGAGUGUGACAAAGUGAGGGACCUGAUGCACGUGCACUCCUUCAGCUAUGACUUUCACCUGCGUCUGUGCCACCAGUACCUUCAGGGCAGUCACAUGACCCUGCGCCAGGGUUACCAGCUCACAGACUUCCUGGACGACUUCAUCUUCCACCACCCUGACAUCCCCAAGUUUGGGCACAACCAUGUUUUCCAGGGAAGCUUCUCCAUGUCGACGGGGAUCAUCCCUGCCCACCAGCUCUACAACUACAUCACUGACCACGCAGGCACCUAUGGCAUGAAGCCCCUGCGCAUGUCCCGAGCAGCCACGUCCUCUGACAGCAAGAAGGCCCCUCCUGAGCUGCAUGAGUACGCCCUGGUGGCUCUGUGGACCAGCUCAGGCUCAUAUAAAGACCUGGAGGGUCUGCACCAUCAUGACGAUUUUGACGUGUCCCUGGUGGUGUGUCACAAUGCUGUGCCAUUUGAGGAGCAGUCAGACACAGAGAGGCACCUGCUUAGGCUGAGGUUCUACGUGCUGAUGACUAGUCAGAGAGAGCUGUUUCCUCGUCUCACUGCAGACAUGCGCCGCUUUAAGAAGCUGCCCCAGAUCCAUAAGGAGCCGGAGCCUGAACAGGCCCCACAUUCAGACAGAGCCGAGGGCCCACAGGACAGCUGGGAACAGGCAGUCUCUGAGGCACUCUCUGAUGGCAAUGAGUUCUAUCCUCUGGCUGGAGGCACAGAGCUGCUUCCUCUGCCGCCUCUGUUCCCUCUGCUGCAAAACGAAGUGUCCACGGCUCAGAGGCAGAUGAUCCAGAGCACGGUGGAACAGGCCAUGGAGCACUGUCGCAGGGACAACCUCUGGAGGAGACUGUUCCACGGAGAGCAUGUGACUCUAGACAAACUCAAGCUCACCAAACUGUCCUUCAGUGAGCUGGAAGAGCUGCUCGAGGCAGUGCAGAGCUGCUCUGUGGGGGACAUCGACCCUCAGCUGGAGUGCUUCUUGAGCAUGAGCCCAGCCUGGUACCAGAGCCUCAUCAAAGUCCUCCUUAGCCGCUUCCCCCAGAGCUGCAGGCACUUCGACGACAAUGGCGUGCAGUAUCUGGCUGUUCUCAACCAGAAGUUCACCGACUGCUUCGUGUUGGUCUUUUUGAACCCUCAGGCUGGUAAAACGAGUCUCAAAGUGGUGUUCCGGGAGCCUCUGCCUGCUCAGCCCUCCUCUGGAGGCAGUCCCCCUCCUCAGCUUGUGCACAUGUACCACCACCUGGAGUCCAUCAUCAACACAGCCUGCUACAACCUGUGGAGCGGCCUGCUGUAGAGACGCAGCCCCGAGCACUCAUCCUACUGCUUCAAACUACUGCAUUUUUGACAUUUCAUAUCGUUUAUAUUCAGUUCCUUUAUGGUUUAUAAAGGAACUGUAGUCAGUCUUAAAAAGUUCAUUCAGCGGCGGAUGGGGUUUAGGAAGUGACAAGUCCUUUUACAUUUAAACCAAGUGGAUUUCAGCAUUGAAACUGGCAACCCAAAUGAGAGACUUAUGUGAGGCUCAUUCUGCUUUCUGAGUGGAUAAUUGUCUUGUAAUUAACAGUUGUUAGGCUGCUUUAUUCUUGUCAGUAAAAGACUGGUCAUGUAUUCUAACUAUCUGUGGCCCCAGAUAGGUCAGGUUUAUGGGAUUUAAAAUCUAAAUCUUACAAACAGUUCCUUUAAGACCUGUUCAAGGUCUAAGGCAAGAGUGUCAAACUCAAAUUCACAGAGGCCAAAAUUAAAAACUGGGACUAAUUCGUAGGCCAAAACUAAAUAUUUAUUGAAAAAUUUCAACAACAUCUGCAUGUUUCCUCUUCUUUCGAGAUAUGUAAUGUUAAACCUUUCCUUCUCUAAAUGUUUAAUAAUAGUUUUGCUUAAACAUUGAAUCCAGAUCAAGCACAAUAUAAAAUAGUAACAAAAUUUUAAAUAAUGUCUCUAUAGCCCAUCUGUAGCCGGUGGGCAGCUCUGAUACAUAUUUGAUGUGAUCUCGUGAGCCAAAUAUAAUUAUAUCGCAGGCCAAAUUUGGCCCCCAUACCUGAGUUUGGCAUGUCUGGUCUAAGAUAAUGUUUGGGGUUAUUUUGCAUAAUUUGGGGUUUAUUAAUUUAUAUCCCAUUAUGUAUAAAUAAAAUAUAACAAAGCAUCCAAACAACAAACAUGUGAGGGACUUAGUCAAUUUUGAAAGGGUACUAUAGCAACAAUAGCAAGUUUGUAUUGUGCAGUGUGUUUCUAUAUCUCCUCUUCUUCUCAAGGUGGUUGUCGCCUAAUGCCAAAUAAUGUCUAAAUAAUGUCGCAGUGUUUUACUCCAACUGUAAAUAUUCACCUGUCAUCUCUGCACUUUUUAUAUUAAUGCAACUUUCUAUAUUUCUGUAUUCUACAGCAGACUAGUGCCAUACAAUGUGAUAGGAAGACUUCUUCUGACCAGUCUGCACCCACAGCCUUGUGCAUAUAAGCCUAAUCAUACUGAGAUGAGAGUGGUGCCUUCUCUGAGCACUAGAUGUUCGGACCUAGCCUAGGUGUAGCCUCUGUUCGAGCAACAUCAUGGUUUCCAUGAAUGUGUUCACAUUUGUCAACAGAGCCAUUCUGUUGUGUAUAUUAGACUGGAGUGUUGCAUGUAUAUUUCUGUACAUAAACCAGACUGAAAUAAAGAUGGAGGAUUCUUGUU